UAUGUUUAGAGACGGUUCACGUAACGGCAAAUUAGGUUUGUUUUGUGGACAAAGCGCGUGGGGGAAAUCUUACGAAUGAUGUCACUUAAUAAGGCUGCGGACGAUCGAUUAAUCCAGCAGCCCAAAUCAACGACCAUCGUGAAAUAUGAGAAAUCGUCGUGUCUCUUCUGCAACGAGUGGUUCGACGCCCAGACUUUUACGGAACACCUCAUACACUGCGGCCAAGUGCUAGAGGAGUGUCCAAAUAGCUGUAACGUGUUCAUACCACGCAUCCGUAUGCGAUCCCAUCUGAAAGAGUGUCAGCGUGGCAAGCAUCAGCAGAAAAUGCAACGUCUCACUGCCAGCAUGGAGUGCUUGGAUCAAUUUGCCGAUCACCGUGUCCAGGUACUGGAACAGGACAUAUCAACUAUACGUUCCGUGCUCAAUGAGGAAAUACGACAACGUCUGCAUCUCAUCACGGACGUGGGCAACAUACGAAAACACAAUCAUUUGGUCGAGAACUGGACCCGGGAGACAGACGACUGUAUCGCCGAGCUACGGCAGCAGCUCGACGAGGAAAGGGCACAGCGCACAUUAGCCACAGAGCAAAAUCAAGUGGAUUUUCAAUAUUGCUGCAGCAUAACCCAGUCGCUGAAGGAACAAUUGGAAACGAAAAUGAACGAUUUACAACAGUAUAUUAAUCAACUGUCUUCGGAUGUGAGCUUCCAUCAGAACCAGCUGAAUGAUAAUAUUAUGAAGUUGGAGGAAAUUGUUUUUGAAAAUGAGAGGAUCAAUCAUGAUAAGUUUGUGCGGAUCGAGCAGUUUCUACAGGAAAUCAAUGAGGAUAUUAAAACUAAGUUGGGCUCCUCGGAUCUUUCCACCUCGAAGCAAGCCACAUUGGACUAUGAAGUCAAAAAUGUGAAGAGUAUUAUGUGUGAAACUGAAGAGCGGUGCGAUAAGCUCCAAAGCAUUAUCCAAGAUCUCGAUAAGGCACUUCAUCAAACAAUGCAAAGCAUUGCGGACAUCGAGAACCAGAUGGCCAUGCAGCAGCGCAUCGCAAGCGUUCAGAAUAUAAGAGGUCAUCUGAUUUGGCGCAUUAAAGACUAUUCAAAGAAAUUAGAGGAGGCCAAGCAGUAUGAUACCAUACUGCAUAGUGCCAUGUUCUCUAACAAGGCUUUUGGAUACGCCUUGCGUCUGGAUAUCUAUUUAAAUGGCAAGGGUACUUGGAAAGGGCGCAAUCUAAUUGCAUGCUUAAAUGUGCUAUCUGGCGAAUAUGAUCCACUUCUGAAUUGGCCAUGUCGCCUGCAGGCCGAGAUCAUUAUACGGGAUCAAAGUGGAGUAGCGCUGGAGGCCCAGGACUAUGUCAAGACGAUCUACGUGCGAAAGAAGAGUGAUGAUUAUAUACAGACUAAUCAGUACUUCCAUAUACCACACAAGGUCAUCACCAGUCGCAACUAUUUACGUAACGAUUCGCUCUUCGUCGAAGUACGGGUUCUCAAAUAAAUGCAGAAUAUUAAAAUAGUCAAAGGUAUGC